GCCUUUUGGAGCUUUCGACCCGAUCCUCAAUCUCUUCCCAUGCUUCCGUCAUAUUCCACUUUCAGUCGUCUUCAUAGACUUUGACCGCCCUCUUGAAUCUUUGGCACUCUUUUCCGGACUUCCCAACCCCCGCAGUAGAACGCGACCGACCUGCGUUCUGCAUCGCCCUGCAACCACCAACUGUCCUUGUCUGCAUUCGUUCGGCACUCCGUUUGCCAGCUUCCCCCGCGAGAUUCUACAACCGACGUUACAAGGCCUGCGACCAUGCCCGUCUCCAUCGAGGAGUUGGACGCCACCGUCCGGGCCUUCUACGAGGGCCGCGGCGACCAGCAAAAAGCUGCCCAAGCAGCCUUGAACCAGUUCAAGGAAGACCCGGAUGCCUGGUUGAUGGUCGACGAUAUCCUCUCGAGGGCAACAUAUGAGCAAACCAAAUUCCUGGGUUUGCAGGUUCUUGAUAAUGUGAUCAUGACAAGGUGGAAGGUCCUGCCACGGGAGCAGUGUCAAGGGAUCCGCAACUUCGUCGUGCAGUACAUCCUGCAAUGCUCUAGCUCCGAGGAGGCCCUCAAGACUCACCGCACCCUUCUCAACAAGCUAAACCUCGUUCUCGUCUCGGUCCUGAAGCAAGAAUGGCCUCACAAUUGGCCCACCUUCAUCAACGAGAUCAUCUCGGCCUGCCACUCCAGCCUGUCCGUGUGCGAGAACAACAUGAUUAUCCUGCGCCUCCUGUCCGAGGAGGUGUUUGACUACUCCGCUGAGCAAAUGACGUCGACAAAGACCCGCAACCUGAAGACGACCAUGUGCGCCGAGUUCUCCCAGAUCUUCCAGCUAUGCCAGGAGAUCCUCAACAGCGCGACGCAGCCGAGCCUUAUUAAAGCCACCCUCGAGACGCUGCUGCGCUUCUGCAACUGGAUUCCCUUGGGUUACAUUUUCGAGACACCCCUUAUCGAAACUCUCCGCACACGGUUCCUCGAGGUGCCAGAGUUCCGGAAUGUCACGCUCCAGUGCCUGACGGAGAUCGGAGGUCUGCAAACGGGAGGGCCCGGCCAGAUUAACACAUACGACGAGCAGCUGGUCAAGAUGUUCACCGAGGUUCUGACGACCAUUUCCAACAUUAUUCCCCUGGACAUGGAUCUCAAGACGACAUAUCCCCAGAGCAACUCCCGCGAUCAGGAGUUCAUCCAGAAUUUGGCGCUCUUCCUCUGCAACUUCUUCGGCAUGCAUUUGCCGCUGAUCGAGAACCUUCCGAACCGAGAUUUCCUCACCCACGGCCAUUUCUACCUCAUCCGAAUCUCACAGAUUGACGACCGCGAAAUCUUCAAGAUCUGCCUGGAUUACUGGCUGAAGCUUGUCCAAGAGCUUUACGAGGAGAUGCAAUCCCUCCCGAUAUCCGAUCUGACGUCCAUGUCUCUGGGAAUGAUGGGCGGCGGCGGCGCACCGAAUCCGGCCCUGCUCACUAACUACCCGCUCCGGAAGCACAAGUACAACGAGGUCUUGUCGAACUUGCGGGUGGUGAUGAUUGAGAAGAUGGUCCGACCGGAGGAAGUGUUGAUUGUGGAGAACGACGAGGGCGAGAUCGUCCGCGAGUUCGUCAAGGAGACCGAUACGGUGCAGCUGUACAAGACAAUCCGGGAAUGCCUGGUCUACCUCACCCAUCUUGACGUUGUCGACACCGAGCAGAUCAUGACGGAGAAGCUCGCGCGGCAGGUGGACGGAUCUGAAUGGUCGUGGCACAAUUGCAACGUGCUCUGCUGGGCCAUCGGCUCUAUUUCCCUAGCCAUGAACGAAGAGACGGAGAAGCGGUUCCUUGUCACGGUAAUCAAGGACUUACUGGGACUGACCGAGAUGAAACGCGGAAAGGACAACAAGGCCGUCGUCGCCAGCAACAUCAUGUACAUCGUGGGGCAGUACCCGCGCUUCCUCAAGGCGCAUUGGAAAUUCCUUAAGACGGUUGUCAAUAAGCUCUUUGAGUUUAUGCACGAGUCCCACGAAGGUGUCCAGGACAUGGCGUGUGAUACCUUCAUCAAGAUCGCGAAACAGUGCAGGCGCCACUUUGUUGCGCUCCAGCCGAGCGAGAACGAGCCGUUUAUCGAGGAGAUCAUCAGAAACCUCGCCAAGAUCACCUGCGAUCUUACCCCCCAGCAGGUUCACACCUUCUACGAAGCCUGUGGGUAUAUGGUAGCCGCGCAAGGCAACAGGAAUCAACAAGAGCGGCUCUUGUCCGACUUGAUGGCCAUUCCCAAUGCGGCCUGGGAUGAAAUCAUCAAGCAAGCCACGAUGAACCCUGCGAUCCUGCAGGACGCCGACACCAUCAAGAUCAUUGGCAAUAUUAUGAAGACCAAUGUGUCGGCCUGCUCGUCCAUCGGCCCCUACUUCUAUCCACAGAUUGGGCGGCUGUACAACGACAUGCUGCAGAUGUAUGCUGCUACGAGCCAGCUCAUCUCGGAGGCGGUUGCCCGUGAAGGCGAGGUUGCGACCAAGAUGCCCAAGGUCCGCGGUCUCCGGACCAUCAAGAAGGAGAUCCUGAAGCUCGUCGAGACAUUUGUCGACAAGGCGGAGGACCUCCAGGCUGUCAGGAGCCAAAUGGUUCCGCAACUGCUGGACUCUGUGCUGGUCGACUAUAACCGGAACGUUCCGGGCGCACGGGAUGCCGAGGUUCUGAGGGCCAUGACAGCCAUGAUCACCAAGCUUUCGGGCCUUAUGGAGGACCAAGUGCCUGUGAUCAUGGAGAAUGUGUUUGAGUGCACUCUUGACAUGAUCAACAAGGACUUUUCGGAGUUCCCUGAGCAUCGUGUCGAAUUCUUCAACCUAUUGCGGGCCAUCAACCUCCAUUGCUUCCCAGCCCUCUUGAAGCUCGACAACCGGCAGUUCAAGUUUGUCAUCGACUCUUGCAUGUGGGCGAGCAAGCACGACAACCGCGAUGUUGAGACGGCCGGGCUGAACAUGUGCUUGGAGUUGAUCAACAACAUCGCCGAGAAGACGGACGUGCAGACGUCCAACGCCUUCUUCAACCAGUUCUUCAUCACGAUCCUGCAGGACGUCUUUUUCGUGCUGACGGACCAGGACCACAAGGCUGGUUUCAAGACGCAGUCGAUGCUGCUAAUGCGCCUGUUUUAUUUUGUGCACCCUGCCGACGGCACGCAGCCCAAGAUUCAGGGGCCGAUCUACCAGCCCGACCAGGCGCAACCGGGCACAAGCAACCGCGAGUUCUUGGCCAACUUUGUCAGCACACUGUUGCAGAACGCUUUCUCCAACCUCACGCCGGUCCAAAUCACGGCCUUUGUUGAGGGCCUGUUCACGCUCAACACGCAGUAUGACAAGUUCCGGCUGGCACUGCGCGACUUUUUGAUUUCGCUCCGCGAGUUUGCGGGCGACAAUGCCGAGCUGUACCAGGUCGAGAAGGAGCAGCAGGAGCGGGAUCGCCUCGCGGCGGACCACGAGCGCCGGUCCAAGGUCGGGGGUCUGCUUAAGCCCUCGGAGCUGGAGGAUGAUGAGCUGUGACUUGGGGAGGAGCUCAGAACGGAGUUCUUGCCCAAGGGGUAUGAGCUGGGGAAGAAUAGGGGGGUGGGGGACGGUGGUGGUGAUGGUGGGGGCGAUGGGUGGGAGUUUUACGGGUUGUGAUGGUGAAUUUGGGGGGAGGGAGGGAGGAGGAUUAAGAGGCAAGAGCUUCUCUUCUAUGUCUCUGCUCUGCUCUACUCUCCUCUGCUAUGCACUGCGGCCGCCUGGUGAGUGGGGACGCUUGAGGCUUGAGGAUUUCGAAACCCCUCUAGCACGGAUGGAUUGUGUGUGGGAGGAACGAUGUGUUUCUGACCUCUAUUUUUUUUACCUUCUAGGGUGUUUAUCUUGCGAACCCUUGUAGUGAUACCAAUAGAAGAGGGUAUGAUCUCUUGUA